AGCGCCGCUCACCUCCCGCGGCCCGGCCCGCUCGGCUCCGCUCGCUCGUCCCGGCCUGACGCCGUCACCGUGACGUCAUCGCGCUCUGCCCGCUUCCAAGAUGGCGGCGGCGGGCGGGCUGCGGCGCGCGGGCUGGCGGCUGUGGCGGGGCCGCGCGGUGGUCAGGUGCCAGCAAUACCCACCACUCCGUGCCCUGCAGGCCUCGGCCGCGCUGAGGGGGAACUCUGAUGAGCACAAGAAGGAGCCAUGGGCAUCCUCCUCUCAGCAGCACUUUGAUUCACCUCCAGCUGGCCACCAGCCUGAAGAGAAACCUCAGGGCCCGCACCCCAGUUACACUGGCCCGGGCGGCCAGGAGUCUGAGGACUAUGAGAGCGAGGAGCAGCUGCAGCAUCGAAUCCUCACAGCGGCGCUGGAGUUUGUGCCUGAGCAUGGCUGGACUGCAGAGGCCAUUGCAGAGGGAGCCAAGACCCUGGGCCUCUCUGUUGCUGCAGCAGGGCUGUUUCACAGUGAUGGCAGUGAACUGAUCCUGCACUUCGUGUCUGAGUGCAACACCAAAUUGUCUGAGCUGCUGAAGAAGGAGCAGAAACUGGUGCAGCUGGGAGAAGCAGAGAAGAAGCCUAUAGAUGAAUUCCUGAAAGAUGCUGUGGAAGCCAGACUGAGGAUGCUGAUUCCAUAUAUUGAGAAAUGGCCCCAGGCCCUGAGUGUCCUGUUGCUGCCACGUAACAUCCCCUCCAGCCUCAACCUCCUCACCAGCAUGAUUGAUGACAUCUGGCACUAUGCUGGGGACCAGUCCACAGAUUUUAACUGGUACACUCGGCGGGCCGUGCUCACUGGCAUCUACAACACCACGGAGCUGGUGAUGCUGCAGGACUCGUCCCCUGGCUUCGAGGACACGUGGCGCUUCCUGGCAAACAGAGUGGCUGAUGCCAUGACCAUGAGCAACACAGCCACUCAGGUACAAUCCACUGGAGAAGCUGUUGUGCAGGGCCUGAUGGGAGCUGCAGUGACUAUCAAGAACCUGGCGGGGCUGAACCAGCGCCGGUGAGGCGGCGGCGGCGGCGGCCCUUCCCCGGCACCAAUAAAGUCGUACUCAGCCUG